AGUUUGGAGUCACGUAUCAGUGAGUGUUUUAAACUUAUUCUCCUGCGCCCGUGUUGUCCGGGGACCCCGACACUGAGAAGUUACUAUCCACAGAGCCACAAAUCCACUAAACAGAGACACAGACUGGAGUAGCAUCCAUGCCUUCUGUGACCAGCUCAACAAUGAGUUGGAGGGACCGCAGCUGGCCACCAGGCUCCUGGCCCACAAGAUCCAGUCUCCACAAGAGUGGGAGGCCAUGCAGGCAUUACUUGUCCUGGAGACUUGUAUGAAAAACUGCGGGAAAAGGUUUCACAGUGAAGUGGGCAAAUUCCGUUUUCUCAAUGAACUCAUCAAAGUUGUUUCUCCCAAGUACCUUGGAACACGGUCCCCUGAGCCAGUUAAAAUAAAAGUUUUGGAGUUGAUCUAUAGCUGGACUUUGGCGUUACCAGAUGAAGCCAAGAUUUCAGACGCUUAUCAAAUGCUGAAAAAACAAGGUAUUGUUAAACAAGAUCCUGAGCUGCCACCUGACAAGCUACUCAACCUUCCUCCACCCAGACCCAAGAAUGCUAUUUUUGAAGAUGAAGAGAAAUCCAAAAUGUUGUCUCGCCUAUUGAACAGCUCGCACCCCGAAGACCUCAAAGCCGCCAACAAACUCAUUAAGGAAAUGGUCCAAGAGGAUCAGAGGCGUGCAGAGAAGGUGUCAAAGCGGGUGAAUGCCAUUCAGGAGGUAAAGGAGAGCGUCACUUUACUGACCCAGCUUCUGCAGGACUACGACAGCACGGCUACGGAUCAGAGCAAUGCUGAACUCAUUCAGGACCUGUAUCAGCGCUGUGAGAAAAUGAGGCCAACACUGUUCAGACUGGCAAGUGACACGGAGGACAACGACGAGGCUCUGGCGGAGAUCCUGCAGGCCAACGACAGCCUGACUCAAGUCAUCAACCUGUACAAGCAGCAGGUGAAAGGGGAGAUUGUAAAUGGAAACAACACAUUAAACACACAGAAACAAACCGGAGGAGGCACAGCGCUGCUAGAUCUGUCAGGAUUGGACACGUCACCACAGUCGCCGCCUUCCUUCCCAGAGUUUCCCACUCCCACAGACAGCCUAAACCCUCCCUCACAUGGGGACAUGGGGAUUAGUCUCCUUGAUGACGAACUCAUGUCGCUUGGUUUAAGUGAAGGAACACACACCUCUAACCCCGCCUCACAGCCUGAGGACUCCACCGCAUGGGACUCGUUCCAGUCCUCUGACAGCAUAGAUACAGAUAUCGCAACUGCGCCCAGUCUCCUUUUGAGUCCAGAUCCGCCUCCCCACUCUCAGCCUCUUUCAUCUGGCUCCACUCCUGGGAACUCUGCCUUGGAUGAACUGGACCUGCUGGGAAAAACCCUGCUGCAGCAGUCUCUACCUCCAGAGGGCCUGCAGGUCAAAUGGGACAAGCAGCAGUCUAAACCGACUCUGAGAGACCUCCAGAACAAGACCGGGACAAACAUCGCUCCAAAUCCAAUUCCAGCUUUUACCGCUGAACCUCCUGCACCACCUGUUCCCAACUCCCAGCCCAGCCUUAAAGCCACACUGCUGGAUGUGUCUCCCUCUCACACUGAGGCUUCUUCUGCAGACGUUUCUCUGACUGACGUUUUUGUACCCUUAGAAUCCAUUAAGCCCAGUAGUCUGUUACCUGUAACUGUGUUUGACAGCCACAGUCUGCGGGUUCUCUUUCACUUCGCUCGCGACUCUCCUCCGUCUCGACCCGAUGUUCUGGUGGUGAUUAUCUCCAUGCUUUCGUCAGCCCCUGUGCCUGUCACCAACAUAAACUUCCAGACUACUGCUCCAAAGACGAUGGCCGUGAAGCUGCAGCCCCCGUCAGGGACGGAGCUCCCCGCUUUUAACCCCAUCCUCCCUCCUGCUGCUGUCACACAGAUCUUGCUGCUAGCAAAUCCAAACAAGGAGAAAGUGAAGCUGCAGUACAGAUUAACCUUCACCAUGGGAGAGCAGGAGCACAGCGAGAGCGGCAGUCUAGAACAGUUUCCGCCUCCGGAGAAAUGGGGGAACCUAUAGCAUUUAAACACAACCACAACCUGACAGACUUUCUGCUCUCAGACUCGCCCCCACCCCCUAAACUGACUCCUGGGCUGGAGGCCUGCUGAAACCUUUUUCCUUUGCAGUCAUGUUGUACUUUCUUUGACUGGUAUUGAUUGUGUUCCUCUGAUUACACUCAUGCGCAGUCAGUGUAAUGUGUGUACGCUUUGCUAUAACAAGUCACGUGUCUAGGUCUAGUCUGCUGUAUGUGGUUGCUUAAACAAACCUGCAACAGCUGCUUCAUAGUUGUUGCAGUUGUUUUUUUUUCUUUCUUUGUUUUUUUUAAACACAGUGCUACAAAGGAAGUAAACUACAACAACUGUGUGCAUAUUAGGUUAUUUGGUGUACUUUAUUUUUCACCUCAGGCAGUCGAAAUCCAUUAUCAGCUGUUUACCUUCACAUCAGCAUGCUGCGGUCGGUGAAAAAUGGGACACGUGCUUGCAAAACCCAACGUCAACACAAAGCGACUCUUAAGUUUGCAAAACGAGGCUGAACUGAAUCAACUUGUUGUGGUGUCUGUUUACGUUGAUUGCUUUUCUUUCACAUUGACUGAGUGCACUUUGUGAUCACAGAGAAUGAUUGUUUUAACACUUUUGUUUUUCUAGCUGACCCCUCGAAUCUUGUGUAAUGAACAAAAUUUACUGUUAACAUCAAAGCUGUGUAUUUUCUGCCAUAUGUGCCUAUUUUGCAGUUCUAAUAUUAUUUAAAGUUCAGUUUUCUUUUUCUCAUCUGUUACAUGUUUGUCAUCUGAGGCGUGCAGAUUCAGAUACGUAUUAAUAUAGUCAUCUUUAAUACGCUAUGAGUUCAAUUUUGAGAUUAGUUUGACAUUUGAGUUGUUGUGUAAGCAUUUAUUCGGAAAAAUGGAAAACUUGAGCAUAUGCAAACUGAGCUGCACUCCGGUGCUCUGAGCGCGGUGUCCGUCUCAGACGUGUUCAGAUCGUUUCUACAAUCUGCGAUGCAUGACAGCCAUGCUGAACACUUCCUCCCACAGGAUCCCGAUCACAUUCCACUGCACUAAUUUCCAGUAAGACUGCUUUGUUAAAUGCCAGAUAUAGCAGUUCUGUUAUGUACAUUUGAAAUGUGUGAGAGCAUAACACUGGUAAAAUGGGGAAAUAAAAUUUAUUCUUGGUGAUCAAAA